GCAGUAGUGGCGCGGGCUGGCUUGCGAUGAAACUGAAACCAAGAGGUGCCGUCGUGGAGUUUGCUACACGCUAACAUCACUAGCGUCCACGAGCCCGUUGCUUUGCUGACGCGGGCAAGAAGCCGUCGGUGUGAAAGCUGCGAGGUGUCAGACGGAGUUCACAUCAAAACAUCCAUCGUUGCGGUCGUCACCUGCAGCCUUGGCAUCGUGACCAUCGAUCGUCACAUCAUUGUCUGGGACAAUCUGCACCUAGCAGUCAUGAUCCAAUAGCACGUGUUGAGAUCAUCGCUCGAACUCAAGACGCCGUCACAUGACCGCAGAUGGCGGGACCCUCACGCCCGGGACUUGCCCCCGAUACCCGUAAUGGACGCUCGUUUCCACGAGCAAGCUUCAUCCUGCCCAAGACAGGUGAGCGCUCGACCCGGAAAUUCACAUUACGUGAAGCAUCGAGCCGAUCCCGCGCUCAUCGAGAUGCUGCCGCUCUCUUCGGAGAAGACGGCCCUUUCGAAACCGACGAUGCUGAUGCUGGACGUCCCUUGACUCGGACGGAAAUAUGGAAGAAGAAAGCGCAUCGGCAAGGUCUCCGAGCUCUGCAUUUCUUGACCUCCCGGACCGGCAAGGCUAUCCUGAAAUGCUCCAUCGCCUAUGCUAUUGGUAGCAUGGCAACGUUCGUUCCGGCUGUCUCAAAUCUAUUCGGCCACCGACAGGAUAGCAAGCAUCUUGUGGCGACGGUGAUUGUGUAUUUCCAUCCGGCGAGGACGAUCGGCAGUAUGCAUGAGGCUACCAUUCUGGCUACCAUCGCUGUAGCCUAUGCUGCAUUCAUCUCGUUCACCAGCAUGGCUCUCUCAAUGUUCUUCGGUGCCCAUGGCUUACUUGCUUUCGGGCACAUGGUCGUUUUGGUACUGUUCGUUGGAGGCGGGCUUGGUACGAUCGCCUUGGUCAAGCAGCGGUUAGGGAACCCGCUGGUGAACGUCGCCGCUUCUCUAGCCUCGCUUGGAUGCAUCACGGUUCUCAUAAAAGAAGGUUCGGUUCAAGCUGGACGAUUCUCACAUCAGAAAGUCUUGCAAAUCUUGUGCAUGGUCAUAAUGGGAAUCAUCAUCACGACAGUCGUGAACUUCUUGCUCUUCCCAAUCCUCGCUCGCAAAAGACUCGCUGCGGACAUGACGCAGAACACAGACCUUCUCGGUGAAAUGCUGGUCUCGAUCACGAGAGCCUUUCUUCGUGGUGAUGAGGAGGACUUGUCUGGCGACUACUACAAGCAGAUGAAUGCCGAGCAUCAAGCUUCGUUGAACACCAUGAAGCAGAACUUGCGUGAAGCGAAGAUGGAAUUCUUGGUUAUCGGGAAAGAGAAGCUGUACGAUCUCCAAGCACGCAUCGUAUCAUGCCUUUCAGAACUGUCUCAGGACCUCGGUGGCCUUCACAGCGCAGCUAAUGCGCAAUUCUCCUUUAUCAGCCAGACAGCAUCGGACGGCGGUCUUGAACAGACAACAAAUUUCAGCACUGGCAACUUUGUUACAAGUCCGACGCAGGAACUCACUCAGUACCCUGGCCUGGGUAUUAUAUCGGAGAAUGGCGAAGGAGAAUCGCAAUUGUCGAGUAGUGUAUCCACGAUCAGACAUUUCAAAGACCCGAGGACCAACUGGACAUCGUCACUGACCGUACCUGGUGUCGACACUCCUCCAAGGCUUACUAUGGAAUCUCCGACGCCAGAGUCGACAGAUGUAUACAACUCGACAAACCUCAUGCAGAGCCCAGGCGAGAUGUUCAUUGCCUUUAUCAGCCGUCUUGGGCCUCCAACAAAGUCUUUGGUGUUCACAAUGAAGCAAAUCUUAGAUGAGUUGCCUUUCCGCGAUAAGCCCGAAUCGGCCGAGGGAUGGAAUCCAUGGAUCCACCGAUCACUCGAAGUCGCCAUAGAUGAGCAAUUGCAUUCGAGUCUACGUCUCGCUGUUGAGAUGUAUCGGCAGUCUCGUAUGGAAGCUCUUGCCGAGCUGCAUCAAAGUCGAGCCAUGAAUGCUGCAAUCAAUGCUCAGCAGGGCUUGAAGUCCAAAUUCGGCCAGCGUAGUGCUACCACGUCGACCGCGAACGAUCCCAAAGCUGGUAAGACGCCGCCAGUUUCGCAAUUCUACCAGAAGCAAGACGAGAUCUUGGCCGAUAUCGAAGAGGUCUCGGCUUGCUGCGGGCAUUUUAGUUUCUCGUUACUCGAUUUUGCCGAGGAUGUUCUAAACUAUCUGGAGAUCUUGCAAGAACUCAAAGCGGAAAUGGAGGCUGGAAGACGCUCAUGGAACUGGCUACAAUUCUGGAGCCGGCAUAGAGCUGCGGACGAACAGCCUCAUGUCGCACCUCCAGCAAUGCGAACUCACGGGAUAGACAGUGAAGUCGGCGUGGAAGUUGCCGCGCACAUCCGAAAGCUCGACCAAUCCAUGGACUCCUCGCGUCUGCCCAAGCCGUGGUACACCAGAGUCCACCGAGCUUUGCGAGUGCUGCGGCGAGAUGACGUAGUCUUUGCGAUCAAGGUCGGUAUCGGUGCGAUAAUCUAUGCAUUCCCCGCCUUUCUUAAUUCUACAAGGCCAUUCUUUUCUCAAUGGCGUGGUGAAUGGGGCCUGGUCACAUACAUGCUGGUAUGCUGCAUGACGGUCGGGGCCUCCAACACGACCGGGCUCAAUCGAUUCGUCGGUACAUUCAUUGGAUCGUGUCUGGCCAUCGUGGCGUGGGUCAUGUCAAGUCACCAUGGAGUAGCCGAUCCGGUCCUACUCGGUUUCUUGGGAUUCUUGGUCUCACUCCCUUGCUUCUACAUCAACAUUGCGAAGAAGGACGGACCUUUCUGCCGAUUUAUUCUACUCACGUACAACCUCGGAGCGCUAUAUUCCUACAGCUUGUCCAUUCACGACGACGACAACGAUGACGACGAAGGUGGGAUUGAUCCCGCGAUCUGGGAUAUUGUACUGCAUCGAUUUGUGUCAGUCAUCGUGGGAGUCAUUUGGGGUCUCAUCGUCUCCCGCGUCAUCUGGCCCGUAAAGGCCCGGCGCAAACUCACCGACGGUCUUUCCGUGCUGUGGCUACGCAUGGGAUUGAUUUUUCGCCGCGAUCCAUUGAUGACAAUCAUCCUCGGCGACCCAAACUCCCACUACAUGGAUAUCCGUGAAGAAUCAGAACUACACACCUUCCUUGGCACACUGAAAACCACCUGCAAAGCUGCAGCGUCCGAAUUCGAGCUAGAGGGACCUUUUCCAAACGACAUUUUCAAUCGCACUCUUUCCCGCACCGAGCGCAUGCUCGACGCCUUCCACGCCCUCAACGUGGUGAUUCGGAAAAAUCUCCAAUUCACCCCCGGAGAAGCCGCGGUCCUCCGCUUCACGCGCGCCGAACGCAUGAAGCUCUCCGCACGUAUCUCCCAUCUGUUCACCGUCCUCGCCAGCAGCAUCAAGCUCGAGUACCCCAUUAGCGAUGCUCUACCAGAUAUCGAAAACAGCCGCGAUCAGCUUCUUGCGAGGAUCUCGGAGUAUCGCCGUCAUGGAGGCGGAAGGGAGAUCACGACGGAGCAGGAUUAUGAAUUACUCUAUGCGUAUGUCUUGGUCACGGGACAGCUGGCGCGGGAUAUUCACGCGAUUGUGCCGGAGAUUGAGACGCUUUAUGGGACUCUUAAUGAGGAGAACUUGAAGUUGGAAUAGAUUAAAAGCUAUAUGAUUAUUUCGCUAGCUCCGCCCUUCCACUUUGUAUACAUAGCUGCACUCAUCGUCACAUGUGGUGGUACAUGAAAAGAGCGAGGCUGCUUAAUACCUCUCCUCCAUGUGUUUUGGGGCGGACUUUGCUCCGAAGACAGCCUGUGCAUUGAUUUGGGUAUAUAGUGGGAACAAAAAUCCCGGCAUCCAACCGCACUUAUUCAGAAGUCGCG